AUGCCUGACAAGAAUUAUGCUUGUCGUGAGCAUCCAUGGUACCGUGCCCUCGAUCGGGCAUGCCUCAAAGCCUUGGAAAACUCGAAACUACCCGUCGGCAGCUCCAGGCUCAAGGAGGACAGGGAGUAUCUUGCCGGACCAACCUCAACGAUGCUAGCUGGCGCACUCGAGGCCAUGGAAGGAUACAAAGAGGAUGGGCUCCCCAGUUCAUGGGGAUCUUUUGCGGCAAUGUUCCCUGCCCUGGCAACCACCAUCCGUCGCGGCGCAUACGAACUCCGCCCUAAUGUGAACACGAAACUGGAACCAAGACUUCCCAAAGGCGCGUCCAAGUCGCAGCUCUUUCUUAUCUUCACUGAUCUCUCUCCCCCUUCAGAGGUGCCCGGAGCAGAGGUAGAAGGGGAGAAUUCUCUUGGCCCAGAGCAGAGUCAGCCAGCUCGCCCAGCAAAGCGCAAGCGUGCUAAGCAAUCCAAGGGACAGAUGCAAUCAGAGGACGGAGAGAACGAAGAUGAGCAGAAUCAGCCAGCUCCCCCACCAAAGCGUAAGCGGGCCAAGCAACCCAAGGGACAGAUACAAACAGAGGACGAGGAGGACGAAGGAGAUCUGAAGAUGGAGAGUAUGCUUGCUCCCAACGAGGGUAUCUACAAAACCCUUAGAGGUUGGAUUGUUUGCAAGCUUGGGAAUGGCCGCGACAUGUAUUCCUUAGAUAAAACCGGCAAGGCCUCACUCGACCACAUCAAACAAAAGCGUAUCACGAUAAUCGGCAAACUCCACAAGAAGAAUAAAGAUAUCACAGACGGGGAACGUGAGGAGUAUUUCAGCUAUUGGGCUGGCGCCGAUGAGUUCCAAAUCGACGAUGCCAAAGACUUCAAGCCGACAAUCAAUGUCGAAGACGCCAGCGCAGAACAGGGUGAUCAGGCUGCCCAGGCGACAUCCACAACCAUGGAGACAGCCGUCCCAACCCAGGACCCCGAGGCGCCUGAGCACACAGACUGCCAUCCCGAGGAGACUCCCCUCCCAGCGCAGGUUUCCGAGGCGGUUGAGCACACAGACUGCCAUCCCGAGGAGACAGCCGGCCCAGCACAGGCUCCUGAGACAGAGACUCCCCUCCCAGCGCAGGUUUCCGAGGCGGUUGAGCACACAGACUGCCAUCUCGAGGAGACAGCCGGCCCAGCACAGGUUUCUGAGGCAGAGACUCCCCUCCAAACACAGGUGUCUGAGGCGGUUGAGCAUCCUGCCAUCAAUCCCGAUGAGGUCCCCCUCUCAUCACAGGUUUCUGAGAUGGACGAGCACAAAGAUAGCCAUCCCGAGGCAGCCAGCGGUGGUCUCGAAGAGGAGGGACUUGAGCAUGGCAUCACCACCGAUGCCUUCUGGGAGGCCGCUAUAGAAUUCUUCACCCGGGAAUUAGAGGCUGAGAACGAAGCGUUUGAGCAGUAUGAGAAGCAGUUAGAGAAUGGCAACACAGUCGAAUCCUCAACUGAUUCUGGCACUUCCGAGACAGAGGAGCCAUCAUCCAAGGCCUAG